AUGUCCUCAGUUACUUUGGUUGAGUAUCUUUUCACACGCCUUCGGCAAUUGGGGGUUCGCUCUCUUCAUGGCGUACCAGGUGAUUUCAACCUCCGCCUGCUGGAUUACGUGGAGCCGACGGGACUAAGAUGGGUGGGCAAUGCCAACGAACUCAACGCUGGCUAUGCCGCCGAUGGAUAUGCUCGUAUCAAAGGAGUUGGUGCCCUGAUCACCACCUUUGGUGUCGGAGAGCUGUCAGCUAUCAAUGCCGUCGCAGGCGCCUUCGCUGAACGUGCUGCGGUGGUGCACAUCGUCGGAACCCCAUCUCGAGAGACGCAAGACCAGCGUCAGUUAGUCCAUCAUACUUUCAACGACGGCGAGUACCGCCGGUUUGCACAAAUGGCGUCUCAUGUCACGGUCGCUCAGACGCGGCUGUGGGAUCCGCAAACCAGCCCGGCCCAGAUAGACGAGGUUUUGCAGCAAUGUUUGCGGCAUAGCCGUCCGGUGUAUAUCGAAAUCCCUGUGGACAUGGUUGAUCAACCUGUGCUGGUUGAGCGACUGGGUCGUCCUCUCAGGUUAUCGCAGCUUCCACCAGUCUCCUGUUCCAACGUCGUGUUGGCGCGUAUCUUCAAGAGGAUGUAUUCUGCCAAACGACCAGUCAUUGUGGUUGACGGAGAAAGCCGACCGAUGGGAAUUCUUGAACAGCUGCAACGUUUCAUCACCACCACCCAAUGGCCAUUCUGGACCACGGCGUACGGGAAAGGCCUGCUGGACGAGACCACGUCAAACUGCCACGGGGUUUAUCGGGGUAGAUUCGAUAGUCCCGAGGUGCAAGCAUACGUGAACGGGGCCGACUUGGUUCUUUAUUUUGGUCCCCAUUUGAGCUCGAGCAACACCAUUUCAUGUUCUGCCAUCCCGAAGGACGAGGUAGCCAUCUACAUCUCGGACACGGAGGUUCGAUUCGGUCAAGAGGUCUUUCGCGAUGUCCCCGCUCAACAUCUGCUAUCACAUAUUCUGGAAGGACUGGAUGUUCAAAAAGUCGGGUCUGACAAUGCUCACCAACGCCUUCCCCGCCUCUCGUCGUUAACGUUGUCUGACGUUGCUGGUCCGAGCCCCAUUACCCAGGACCGUUUGUGGCGGCUUCUCGCGGGAUAUCUUCGACCCGGGGACAUUGUUCUGGGAGAGACGGGAACUGCCGGGUAUGGAGUGCGAGAGAUGGCUCUGCCUUGUCAUAGUCGCGUUUUCACUCCAGUCACGUGGCUUUCGAUUGGGUAUAUGCUUCCUGCGUCUCAGGGAGCUGCCCUUGCUCAGCGAGAAUUGAUGAUGGCGGACGAGUACCAGGGCAUCCGCGAUGCACGCACGAUCCUUUUCAUCGGGGAUGGUAGUUUCCAGAUGACGGCGCAAGAGCUGGGGACCAUCAUCCGAUUGGGGUUAAAUGUGGUGGUAUUUGUCAUCAACAACGACGGAUACACCAUCGAACGUUGCAUCCACGGGCGUCAACAGGCGUACAACGACAUCACUUCAUGGCGGUACUUGCAGGCUCCUCAAUUCUUAGGUGGGGGGGAUGAGGUCUACACAGCCUCUGCCCGCGAUUGGGAUGAGCUGGGAGGGAUUCUCACCACGGAUCAGCUGUGGAAUGGAUGCGGAUUGCGCAUGGUGGAGAUUGUCUGUGAUCGGGAAGAUGCCCCGAGUGGUCCGUUGGUAGAGUAUUUGCAGAGACAGAACAGUGUUUAG